UUCAUACUCCUGCUCUUGCCUGAACUUCUGGUCGCGCAGAACCUAUUUCAGAAUCCUGGAUUUGAAAGUACCAGUGGUUGGGUAUGCAAUUCCUGUACUGGUAGCCUUUCGUCUGAUAAGCAUGGAGGAUCCCAUAGUUACAAAGUUACAGGAAGACAACAUGAUUGGGCAGGAGCUAGACAAGAUCUCCAUCUAGCAGCAGGACACACUUAUUAUUUUAAAGUGCACGUGAAGAUAUUAAAUACAGUUAAUGGUAAACAGUAUCACGAUGUACAGACUAUGUUGGACAUUGUCGAUAACAAUGGUAAUCAUAAGUAUGAUACACCUGGUUCGACUAAAUUUGUUACACCUGGUCAGUGGCAUCUUGUGGGUGGUGAUUACCACAUUCCUAGUAAUACGAAAUCUGUUAGUUUUUACGUCCAGAUACCAGAGGCUGGUGUUAAUUAUUUGAUUGAUGAUGGUGAAUUAACACAAGUUCAAACAUUAUCACAAUUUGCCAGCGAUGCUGAUAAGAGAAUAGAUCAUCUUAGAAAAGCCGACUUAAAAAUCAGUUUAAGCGGAAGUGCUAACCCGACUGGAAUUCAAGUUGAGGUUCAACAAACUCGAAGUGAAUUUGGUUGGGGUUCAGCCGUUAAUGUUAAUUACAUCCACGACUCCAGUCAUAAACGCUAUCAAGAUUUCUUCUACGAUAUAUUUGAAUGGGGAGUAUUAGAAAAUGCUUUAAAAUGGCCAGGUCUCGAACAUAGCAAGGGGAAUUUCCAACCCGGUAAUGCCAUGAAUGCUGUUAAUGCCAUGCGUGCUAAAGGUAUAAAGGUCAGAGGUCAUAAUAUAUUUUGGGGAGGAUCGAAUGUUGUUCCAUCGUGGCAGAAAUCAAUGUCUGGAUCGGAAUUAAAACCACUCUUAGAAAAACAUAUUAGUGAUAUGGCCAAAACAUUCAGGGGCAAGUUCCAGCAUUGGGAUGUGGAAAAUGAAAAUAUACAUCUCCACUUUUACGAAGAUAAGUUACGAGACCCACUCAUCACUGAAUGGAUGUUCCGAGAGAUUCACAGACUAGAUCCAGGAACUCAACGAUAUUUGAAUGACUACAGCGUUGUUAGUGGUGGACAGUCGACAAUGGCCUAUGUAGAUCAAGGAAUGCGUUUUAAAUCUGCUGGAGUACCAGUAUCUGGUAUGGGUAUACAGAGUCAUCUCGGUGGUAAUGUUGACGUUUCUGUUAUUAAGAGAAGACUGGACGAAGUUGCUAAAGUUGGAUAUCCUAUCUGGAUAACCGAGUUAGAUAUAAACCAGGGGGAUAAUCAUAGGAAAGCGCAACAUUAUGAGGACGUCAUGAGACCUACUUCAGUCAUCCAGCAGUUAAAGGUGUUAUGUUCUGGGGAUUCUGGGAUGGAAGACAUUGGCGACCACAAGCUGCUCUCGCAAAUGGCAAUAAUGUUACACCAAAUGAAGCAGGGAAAAGGGUACAGCAGCUGCUAAAACAUACCUGGAGAACCAACGAAUCACAUAAUAUAAGUCACGGUCAGACAGUCAGUAUCAGAGCUUUUAAAGGUUCCUAUAAGUUACUGGUACACCAUAAUGGUAAAGUUAUUCAUACUGAGAACUUCAGUCUUGGUCAAGCUGGAAACACUCUGAAAGUUAAUCUAAGUGGAUCAGGGUCAAAUCCACAUGUUGAUAACGUUUUGAUUGGUUGAUGGUGGAAGGCGAUGCAGAUAAGGUUUAAUGUUAACGUUUGAAUAUAUGAAAUAAAUUUAGACAUGUCCA